AUGUAUUCUUCUUAUCAACUUCCACCUGGUUGGAGGAUUGCAUAUACCACUGAUGGAAAAGUUUAUUACCUUGAUGACAAAAAUAAGACUACUCAUUGGCAUUUACCUCAAAAUUUAUAUCAACAACAAAUAAAUUCUCAACCAAAUAACUUAAAUAAACAAUUCACUUAUUCUAAUAAAAGUCCUAAUGCACCAAAAAGAAGUCCUGGAUCAAUUCAGUCUACCUUUGUUGAGUUUAAAAAACCACCACCAUUUAUUAUUAGCACAACUCCAAAAUUAACUAGUAAUUCCUUACUAACUUCAUCAGGGACAAUAUCAAAUGAUUUAAAAGAUACUUUUGAAAUCAUUGAUGAUUUCUUUCAACCAUCAAAAAAACCUAAUACACCAACUAUUAAAAAAGAUAAUGAAGUUGUUCUUUCUUCAGAUAAAAAGAUUAAGCCAAAUAUUAAUCUUUCUACUUUAAUAGAAGAUAAAGUAAAUUUAAGAGUUCCAUUACCUUAUACUCAAAUUAACAAAAGUUUUAAUUAUCCAAUACCACGGCCUGCAAUAAACACUAAUAUUUGUCCAUGUGGAAAAGAGUUUGGAUAUUUAAAACAUCAAAAACAACAAUGCAAAUGUUGUAGAAGGUAUUUUGGCAAUGACUGUUUAACUAAUCAAAAAUGUAUUCUUUGUAAUUAUCAUCAAGAUGGAAAGUGUCUUGGAUCAUUACUAACAUACUGUGAAUCAUCAGAUUAUAAAGAUGCAAAUAUUGGACUUCAAACAUUAUUUACGGCAAAUUCAAUAAACACAUUCCCUACAAAAGUAAUAAUUGAAAGUGGUAUGAUUCCAGCAAUUUUAACUGCACUAAAACACCCAUUUUGUUGUUUGUCUGUAUUAAACCUUAUUGUUGCUUUUAGACAACAUACAUUUAUUCGGUUUACAGAUAAAGAAUUAAGUCAUUUUGGACGUUUAGGAUCAACUUCGGAUGAUGGAAGAAUAAUAGAACUUUGUAUUUAUUUGUUACUGGCAGCUGUAAUAGAAAAACUUCCACUUCCAUCUACAUUAUUUGAAUUAAUAUCAUUACCAAGAAGUAUAUCUCAGCAACUAUAUCAAAGUCAUAUCCUUCGUUUAGCAUUGUCCCAAUAUCAUUUUCAUCCAGAAAUAACAAUGGCAUUAAUAUCUUCAAUGAAGAAACAAAAUAUAGUUUUAAGUUCUGUAAUGAUUUAUGACUUAAUUCAAUUAUUACCUAAUUCUAUUAUACUUGAUAUUCUAACUUUCUCUUCAUUUAAUCCAACACAACGUCUUGCAUUAUUAAAUAGUAAUAUAUUAUCAUCUCUUAUUCCAACUGCUGAAUCAUUACAAAUUACUAUCAAUUUAAUUGAUACACAAUACAUACCCUUCUUUGAAGGACAUAUGGAAUUAAUUGCUCAUUUAUUGAUUGACGAACAUGCACUAACAGGAGAAUUGUCAAAAAAGUGCUGUCUAUUUUUAUCUUCACCACAAAAACAAGAGUUUAUAACAUCUUUAAUUCAAAUAGGAGCUGUACCAUUACUUCUUCGUUCAGUUAUUACAGAAAAAAUAGGAAUUGGAUUAAAUAUAGUAGCUGAAGCAAAAAUGAAAGAAUGUAUUAAUAUAUUAUUAUCAAUUAGUGAAAAUAAUGAAGUCAGAGAACAAUGGCUUGGUGCGAUGAAAGCUCUUGGAGGAAUAAAUAAAGAUAUGACAGAUUAUAUUCUUAUUGUUGUCAAUUGUAUUAAACAACAAGAAUCUGUUAAAAGUGCAUUAGAAUUAAUGUUAAUAUCAGAAAGUAUAAUUGAAAUGAUUAAACAAACUGAUGAGAAUUUGAUUGGAUUACUUCAAACAGAAUAUCGUGGAGGAGCUGCUAAAGUUAUUCUUAAAGUAUUUCAAAUGGGAGAAAAACAAUUAUUAAUAAAUAAAGGAUUAUUUAGUGCAAUAGCACAAAGUAUUGAAAGUGAAUGUAAUGAAGAAGUAUUAAAACUAAUUCCAUUAUUUAUCGGAGAAACUCAAAGCGGAAUUCUAUUACAAAGAAUUAUUCAUAAAAUUGCAGGGACAUAUCUUCUUCAAACACAAUUUACACAAAUAAGUUUAGAGACAUUAGUAUUAUUAUGUAAAGAUCAAACUAUAUUACCAUUAUUACAUUCAGUUCAAAUUAAUGGAUUUGAAAAUUUUAUGCAAUUUUUAGUAUUAAGAAUAUUUACAGCAAAGCCAGAAAUUAAAAUAUGUUAUUUACAAUUAUUUCAUAAUUAUAUAAUUACAAGUUAUUGUGAUGAAAUAAAAAAAUAUUCAAUUGCUAAUAUUGUUUGUCAAAUAUAUUUUAAUUCUGACGAUCAUUUAAUUUUGAUUGAAUGUAUAAAGUGUUUGAAUAAAUUAAUUUCAUUACCUCAAACUUGUGGAAGUAUUUUAUAUAGACAAAUAGAACAAAAACUAAUAUCUCUUUUAUUUUCCGUUUAUUCUUUAUCAAAUUCAAAUCAAAUACUUCUUUUUGAAGAAUGUAUUAAAUUAGUUUUAACACUAUCAACAUUACACCCUUCCCAUUUACCAAUAUUACUUCCAAUCAUUCAAUUAAUUCCAUUUGAUAGAAUCCCAAAUUCUACAAAAUCAAAUUGUCUAUUAUUAUUAUUACAAUUAACUUCAAUUGAUCCUUCUGUAUCUGCUUUAAUUUAUCCUGCAUUAUCAAAUCUAACAUAUGCCUCAACUCAAAUAUUAGCAAAACUUAUUUCUAUAUCAACAACUAUUACUCCUUUAUAUAAACUUUAUUAUUAUUUCACUGAAGAAGUUUUAAUUGAUUUUUUAAAAACAGGAGAUAUUGAUUUAGUAACAAGAGCUUUAGAAAUUAUUUCAACUCGUUCUCCAUCAGUUCCAUUAGUUUGUUCAUUAUUUAAAUUACUUACAACAUCAUUACCAGAAGAAACUAAAUUAUCUACGUUCCAUAUUUUACAACAAAUACUUCCUGAUAUAACAAUUAUUAAUCUUCUUCCUUCAUUAAAUAAAAUUCUUCCUUUAUUAAUUAAGUUACAUGGAACUGAUUUAUUACCAUUAUUUUCUAUUGUUAUGACUGCUUGUCCAAAAGAGUUUUCUUCAAUGAUUAUUAAAACUAACUUAAAAGAUUGUUUAGUACAAUCAAAAAAUUUACAACAAUUUAUUUCCUUAGCACUUACUCUUGAUCCAAUAGAUUUACUUCCUUAUUUUUUACCAUUACUUAAUUCUCUUAUCACUUCAAAUCCUAUUUUUGUUAAAACAGUUCUUGCUGCUUUAACUACUUUAUUAAAUAAAUCAGAAAGUGUUAUAGAUAAUGAAGGGUUAGUUGUUUCAUUAGCAGAAUUACUUUCUAAUAAGCAAUUAAUAGAACAAAGUGUUUCUCAUUUUAAAAUCAUUUUAAAACACCAGUGUUUUGUCCGUGAAUAUUUAAAAAAUGGAAUUGACAACCUUAUUCAAUUCUAUAAGAAUAACCAACUCAAAGAAGAAAUUAUUGAAGCCGUUAAACAAAAUUGUUGUGAAGAGUCAUUGCCAUUACUUAACUAUAUUCUUGAAGACGCAAUUCAAGGAAACAAAAAUGCAUUAAAUGCAGUUAACCAAUUUAUGAAAAAAGGAAUCGGAAGAGAAUGUGUAACAUUAAAAAAUAAAGAGUUGUUAGCAUUAAGUAUUAAUUGUCCAAAUGCACUUUGUUCUCUUUCUUUAAUUAACGACACCCAAUUAGAAAGUACAUUAUUAUUACAACUCAUUGAUAGAAGAGAACAACUAACAAAUAAACAACUAGUUUAUUUAAUUCGAAUAAUAGCACAACAAAUGUUAUUUGGAUUUGAUAUUGAAUCUUCAUUAGUAUCAAAAUUAUUAGAAAAUAAUGAUGAAGAAGUAAUCAUUGAAUUAAUGUCAUUAAUUGUUUUAAAUCCUUUUAAGUAUUCUGUUUGUUUAAAGGAUUUUCCUUUAUCAAACUAUCAUUCAUUAGAACCAUUUGUGACAUACUUACAACCUUUCAUUAUUUAA